AUGGUACCUCAUUCAAACCUCCUUUCAUCCCUUUUUCGACAACAAUUCAGCAAUGAUAACAGCAAACGAAGAUCCCAUUCAUUAGACCAAGGCAAUCAACGAAUACAGUCUUAUUUCCCAACAAAAGAAGAAUUGGAUAAACCCAUUCCUGAAACUUACCCUUCUCAACCACCAUCUCAACGAAAAAAAUCAACUAAUUUGGUAGGAUCCCUUUUUUCUAAAGCCAAGAAACAUCCUCGAUUGAAACGAGCAGCCACUUUGAUUGAAACCACAGCAAAUCAUUAUAAAAAGUCAACCAAAGAUAUCGAUAAAACAAAAGAGGAUCUUCUUGAAAAGGAUGACAACAAGAAUGAUGAUGAUGAUGAUGAUGCAUUGAUGCCGUCAGUAUUAGGGAUACGAGAAGAUGAUGUGGAUAGAAUGCAACAAAAAAAUGAUUUGAUCCGACUGGCUUUUGCGGGUGAAUUUACACGACCAAUAGAUGAACAAACGAUUGAAAAUGUAUUGGAUAUUGGAUGUGGACCAUUGUCAUGGGCUAUUGAUUUUGCUAAAGAACACCCAAAUGCAAAUGUGAUUGGUAUGGAUUGUUUGAACAUGAUACCACCCGAGACGGCUAUGGACCUUCCCAAAAACUGUCAAUUAGUGAUCCACAACUGCCUCAAGCGAUUCCCUUAUGCCGAUGAUUCCAUUGACCUGUGUCAUGUGCGAUUUAUGAAUGCCUCAUUGAAUAUGGACCAAUAUUGCAAGAUGGUAGCUCACUGCUGGCGGGUGUUAAAACCGGGAGGAUAUAUGGAAUUGAUGGAAAUGGAUAUGAUGGUGUAUAGUCCAGGUCCAGUGACCGAGCUGCUGAACAAUCAAGUCAUUGAAACCAUACGUACUCUGGGACUGAAACCAAGAAUGGCAAGAUACCUACGAGAUGUCCUUCCUCAAGAUGCUAAACUCACUGACAAUUUGAUCACUGAAUUUUAUCGCUCCUUACCUAUUGGCGUCUGGGGUGGUCGAUUGGGUGUUUUAUUCAGGGAUGAUUUGAUUUAUGCUCUGACUCAUGCGCGACAUAUGGAUUCUUUGGUGGAACAAGCUUUAUUUGAAAAUCAACUGCUGGCAGCGGAAAAAGAGUUGGAACAAUGUAAAAGUUAUUCUAAUUUUCAUUUUCUUCGUGUGCAAAAACCUUUUUAA